AUUGCAGUUUGUGACGAUUAGUGACGUGUCUCCCGUCGUGUCAAGAGUUUAGAGAAUUUGAAGAGAGUGAUGUUUGAUUAAUUGCAUAAAUAUUCGUCCAAUAUUAAGGUUAAAAGUAAAAAUAUGUUAACGAAAUUCGAGACGAAAUCCGCUCGAGUGAAAGGACUGUCCUUUCACCCGAAACGUCCCUGGGUGCUUGCAAGCUUGCACAAUGGCGUCAUUCAGUUGUGGGACUACCGUAUGUGCACUCUGCUCGACAAGUAUGACGAGCACGAUGGGCCCGUCCGCGGCAUAUGUUUCCACAAUCAGCAGCCGCUGUUCGUCUCCGGCGGCGACGACUACAAGAUCAAAGUUUGGAAUUACAAGCAACGGAGGUGCAUCUUCACGCUGCUGGGCCACUUGGACUACAUCAGGACGACGAUGUUCCACCAGGAGUAUCCGUGGAUCCUCAGCGCGUCGGACGAUCAGACCAUACGGAUCUGGAACUGGCAGAGCCGCACUUGUAUCUGCGUGCUGACCGGGCACAAUCAUUACGUAAUGUGCGCCCAAUUCCAUCCUACGGAGGACAUCAUUGUGUCUGCUUCGUUGGAUCAAACUGUCCGCGUAUGGGACAUCUCCGGAUUGCGCAAGAAGAACGUAGCACCCGGGCCGGGGGGUCUCGAGGACCACUUGAAGAAUCCUGGAGCGACCGACUUGUUCGGCCAGGCGGACGCGGUGGUAAAGUACGUGCUGGAAGGUCACGACAGAGGCGUCAACUGGGCAUGCUUCCACUCCUCGCUGCCGUUGAUAGUCUCCGGGGCGGACGAUCGGCAGAUCAAGAUGUGGCGUAUGAACGACGCCAAAGCGUGGGAGGUGGACACGUGUCGCGGCCAUUACAACAACGUGUCCUGCGUGCUGUUCCACCCUAGACAGGACCUUAUACUGUCCAAUUCGGAGGACAAGAGCAUCCGCGUGUGGGACAUGACGAAGCGCACGUGUCUGCACACGUUCAGACGGGAACACGAGAGAUUCUGGGUGCUGGCCGCCCACCCGACUCUGAACCUCUUCGCCGCCGGCCACGACUCCGGCAUGAUCAUCUUCAAGCUCGAAAGAGAGCGUCCCGCCUAUGCGGUCCCCUACGAGAAUCUUAUGUACUACGUGAAGGACCGCUUCCUGCGCAAGCUGGAUUUCGGCACGUCGAAGGAUACGUCGGUGAUGCAGAUUCGAGGCGGCGGGAAGACGCCGCCUUACAGUAUGUCGUUCAAUCAGGCGGAGAAUAGCGUCCUGGUGUGUACGAGAUCGCCCUCGAACAUUGAGAACAGCACCUACGACUUGUACAUGAUACCACGUGAGGGUGACUCCAGCACAGACGCCGACACCAAACGAGCGUCCGGCGUCACCGCCAUCUGGGUCGCCAGGAAUCGAUUCGCUGUAUUGGACAGAGCGUAUUCGUUAGUCAUCAAGAACCUGAAAAACGAGGUGACGAAGAAGGUGCAGAUUCCCAAUUGCGACGAGAUAUUCUACGCCGGCACCGGCAUGCUGCUCCUACGCGACCCGGAUCAGGUGACCCUGUUCGACGUUCAGCAGAAGAGAACCCUGGCGGAAGUGAAGAUCUCCAAGUGUCGAUACGUCGUGUGGUCCAGCGACAUGUCCCACGUCGCGUUGCUGGCCAAGCACACCGUCAACAUCUGCAAUCGCCGGCUGGAGUCUCUCUGCUCCGUGUACGAGAACACCAGGGUGAAGUCUGGCGCCUGGGAGGCCUAUUCCGGCGUGUUCAUUUACACGACCAGCAACCACAUCAAGUACGCGAUCAACAAUGGCGAUCAUGGCAUCAUUCGCACGCUAGACUUGCCGAUCUACGUGACGAAAGUCAAGAACAAUCAGGUUUACUGCCUGGACCGGGAGUGCCGGCCGAGGAUUCUGCGGAUAGACUCGACGGAAUACAAGUUCAAGCUCGCGUUGAUCAAUAGGAAGUACGAGGAGGUCCUGUACAUGGUACGCUACGCGAAUCUCGUCGGGCAGUCUAUUAUAGCCUACCUACAGCAGAAAGGAUAUCCGGAAGUGGCGCUUCACUUCGUGAAGGAUGAAAAGACCAGAUUCGGGCUGGCGCUCGAGUGCGGAAACAUCGAGGUGGCCCUGGAAGCGGCGAGAUCGCUGGAUCAGAAAUCGUGCUGGGAGAGCUUGGCUCAAGCCGCUCUGCUGCAGGGCAACCAUCAGGUCGUGGAGAUGUGCUACCAGAGGACCAAGAACUUCGAGAAGCUCUCUUUCCUUUAUCUCAUCACCGGCAAUCUGGAAAAGCUGCGCAAGAUGAUCAAAAUCGCGGAGAUCCGCAAAGACGUGUCCGGACAGUAUCAAGGCAGUUUGUUGCUCGGCGACAUUUACGAACGGGCUAAGAUUUUGCGGAACUCUGGACAAGCAUCGUUGGCAUACGUUACCGAGAAGAUCCACGGGAUAUCCAACGAAGACGACGACGCCCAAUACGAGUCGAUGAGCGAGGAGCUCUCGUUGCUGGAGACCGGCGCUAUCUAUCUGCGUCCACCGGUGCCUAUUCAACAGGCCGAGAACAAUUGGCCGCUGCUGACAGUCUCCAAAGGCUUCUUCGAGAGCGUGAUGAUGUCUUCUCGCGGCAAGAGUCAAGUGGCCGCCGCUUUGGCUCCGGAAGACGAUGGCGGGACGACUAUGGACGGAUGGGGCAACGACGAGGAGCUCGGAAUAGACGAGGAGGGCGAGGAAGGUGUUGACGCGGAGAUCGCUGCUGAAGGCGAGGAGAGCGCCGGGUGGGACGUCGAAGACGUCGACCUUCCGCCGGAACUGGAGGUCACCACGACCUCCAACGAGGAUGGCUAUUACUCUCCUCCUACUAAGGGCUUGCCACCGACGCAGCAUUGGAUUAACAACUCCCAACUGGUGGUCGAUCACGUAUUAGCCGGCUCGUUCGAGUCCGCCUUCCGAUUGCUGAACAAUCAGGUCGGCGUGGUAGAGUUCGGGCCGUAUCAGUCCCUGUUCUUGAGCACGUACGCCCGUUCCCGAACGUCCUUCGCCAGUCUGCCGAACAUACCGUCGUUGCACGGGUAUCCACAGAGGAAUUGGAAAGACGCCACGCCGAAGACAGGCGUGCCCGCGGUGGGACUGCAUCUCGCCGAGCUGGUUCAGCGUCUCCAGAUGUGUUAUCAGUUGACGACCGCCGGUAAAUUCACGGAGGCGAUAGAGAAGCUGCAGGGCACCUUGCUGAGCGUACCGUUGCUCGUUGUCGACACCAAGCAGGACAUAGCGGAGGCUCAACAGCUGAUUCAGAUAUGCCGCGAGUACAUCUUGGGUCUGAAAAUGGAGACCGAACGUAAGAAUCUGUCGAAGAACACGCUGGCCGAGCAGAAGAGGAUCUGCGAGAUGGCGGCGUAUUUCACACACUGCAACCUGCAACCGGUGCAUCAGAUACUCACUCUGAGAAUAGCCGCGAACAUAUUCUUCAAGCUGAAGAACUACAAAACCGCCGCUUCGUUCGCGAGAAGAUUGCUCGAGCUCGGACCGAAGCCCGAACUCGCGCAACAGGUUCGGAAGAUCCUGCAGGUUUGCGACAAAAACCCCGUCGAUGAGCAUCAGUUAGUGUACGACGAGCACAAUCCGUUUUCGUUGUGCGCGAGCACGUUCACACCUAUUUACAGAGGCAAGCCGGAAGUGAAGUGCCCCUUAUGCGGUGCCAGCUACAAUCCUCUGUUUAAGGACACAGUGUGCAAGAUAUGUGAGGUUGCUAUGAUAGGCAAGGAAUGUAUCGGACUUAGGCAAGGCCGGUCUUAGAAUAGCUUGGAGCCUUUGGUUACUUGGAGUUGAUUGUAAUAUUCAUAUUUUUUCCAACGUUAUACAGAGAUGAUUAGUACAUACAAGUACAUUCAAAUUUCUUUAUUUUGUUAUAUUUUAUUUCAAGUAUACAUAAGAGGCAGUGACAAAUAUAUAUAAUAUAUACAGACCAAGCAUUCACGCAUCUUCAUUAUGUCAGCAUGGUGAAUUCGACAAUGUACCAUUAAGAGAGAUAAAUUCUAACAAUACCUUUACUGUUUUAUUGAAUAAAGCAAAAAAUAGGAUAAGAAAAGUAUCAGGAAAGAACAUUUGCCUCUUUCAAUGUUAAACUGUUGAUGUCCGUUGUCAUGCCUUGGUCUGUUAUAUAUUUUGGAUUCAGUCAUAAUCAAGUAACGCAUUUAGCCAAUUAGUUUUUAUAUAUGUGUCAACGGUGCGAUUGACAAGAGCACCACAUGCUAGCAAGAAAAGUCGCGAUUUUUAAUGAUUUUACGAUUAUCGAGUAUGUCCGAGAAUAAUUGAUAACUACUAACAUUUCCAUUUUUUAUCAUCUAAUAUAUAUAUCUAAAUGUA